AUGGCGGAUUCGGCCGGACCGCCUGUGGCGAGUCUGCAGCUGGCGAAGCCUCGCAGCAUGUUCCUCUGCGGCUCGCUGCCGGUCUGGCUGGACCGCGAGUUCACCACGCUCGAGUUCUCUCCGGGCAUAUCGAGAUCUCUCUUCAGCGAUAGGACUCCCGGCAUUCCCAAGGUGGUCCCUCCACCAGUCCGACCGUCCCUGGACACCCACCCACCCGCAUGGCUCCACCGGGACAACAUCCUCCUGCCAGUCGACCGGCCCUCGGACCCUCCAGGCUCCACCUGGGGGGGAUCGUAUCUGCAGCACAGUGGCGCGCGCAAGUGCGAGGCGCUGGCGGUGAGGGGGCUGGCGGAGUUUGGGGAGGACGCAGUGGACGUGAUAGCGCCCGCGGACGUGCUCAAGCAGCUGUUUAAACUGCCGUUUUCCAAAGCGAGCCUGUUUGUCAGCGUGCACCGCGUCGGCCGAACGCUCGUGCUCAACCCAGGGUAUGCACUGGCGGUGAGGGGGCUGGCGGAGUUUGGGGAGGACGCAGUGGACGUGAUAGCGCCCGCGGACGUGCUCGAGCAGCUCUUCAAGCUGCCGUUUUCCAAGGCCAGCCUCUUUGUCAGCGUGCACCGCGUCGGUCGCACGCUUGUGCUCAACCCCGGCCCCGAGCCUGGCUGUGUGGACUCCCACAAGGUCGCACGCUCCUCCAGGGGGCAACGCACCACAAAUGGCAGUGCUCCUCUCCAAGCUGAUCCGAGCCUGGCUGUGUGGACUCCCACAAGGUCGCACGCUCCUCCAGGGGGCAACGCACCACAAAUGGCAGUGCUCCUCUCCAAGCUGAUCCGAGCCUGGCUGUGUGGACUCCCACAAGGUCGCACGUUCCUCCAGAGGGCAACGGGAGGCGAUUCUUCUUUCCAAGCUGGCGUGGUGCGAGUGUGCGACCAUAAAAGUCAGCAGCAGCAGCAGCAGCAGCAGCAGCAGCAGCAGCAGCAGCAGCAGGAGCAGCAGCAGACUUUUGAAACGCCUCGAAAAAGCUUUGCAGAUUUUGUUGGGGAUGCGGAAGGCGUGGUGCGAGUGUGUGAGCACGGUAGCCAGCAGCAGCAGCAGCACCAAAAGGAACAGCAGCAGUGGAAGCAGCAGCAGCAGCAGCAGCAGUUUGGGCCGCAGAAAACUGUUGUCUCUGACGCCAGCCUGACACCCCUCUCUAGCCUCGCACCUUCCGUUGGUGGUCUGAGUCAGAUUGAAGCUGCUGAAGGGGAAAAUGAAGUGAAAGAGGAGGAAGAGAAGAACAAGGAGGAGGAGGGGAAGGAGGAGGAGGAGGAGGAGCAAGAGGAGGGGUAUGCGCAAUGGGAGGGCUCUGGGAAGAGCAAGUCAUGCACCAAGCGGGGAAGAACAGUAGAGGGCGGUAACAGAGGAGGAGCGGGGAAGCGAAUGGAAACAGAGGGAGGAGGAGGAAGAGAGGGGAAACGAAUGGAAGCAGGAGGGGGAGGAGUUGAGGCAGAGAGAGGGGCGGAUGGGUUUGCGCGGGUGGUGUUCUGGCAGUUGGAGCACCUGAGGCUGUUCCUGGGAAGCGACCUGAUUCUGUUCAGCAAUGAGAAGCAUGCUGCUGUCAGCCUUCACCUGGUUGACGUGGAGCAUGAGAACUCCCCUCUAGUGUGGCUCGAUAUAUGGCUGGAUAACCUGAUGGCGGGGGUGCCGGAACUGGCCAUCUGCUACCACCGCAAGGGGGUCGUGCAGGGCUACGAGCUGCUGCACUGUGACGACGUGUUUCUGCUCAAGUGCCUCGCUAGGGACGGGUCAGCAUCGUUUUACCCCCACGCUGUGAGGGACAGUGCGCUCGCCAUCCUGGGGUUCCUGCAGGACAAGUGCGUGCGCAGCCCCGGCACCUACUGGGUGAGUGCCAGGCGCUCUGGUUCUUACUGUCUGAGCUUGUACGAGCAAUCAAUGCGUGCUGUGGGUGGCAUAGCAGGACACACAAUCGCCAUCCUGGGGUUCCUGCAGGACAAGUGUGUACGCAGCCCCGGCACCUACUGGCUGAGUCCUGAUGCUCUUCAACCUGUCAUUCAGGUUGGUGCGUGCAGCGUGUGCUGUGAGUGGCAUGGCUCGCGCUCCUUCCUCCCCCAUGCUCUCCGCAAGGAGGCAGGCGCUGCUGACGCGCUGCAGCUCUCCGUCGAUUCCCUCGCUCUGUCCUUCCGCAUGGCUAUAUUCCUCCCACCAUUUCGUACUGACGUGCUGCAGCUAUUCGACCUCACUCCACCGCUCCAGAACCCAUCUGCACCGCUCCGUCUCGCCCCCUCCCUCGCCACCGAUCCCUCUGCGUCAGAAUCAACAAGCAGCCAUUUCAGCAUGACCCCUGAUGACAUCAGUAGGGGCAGGCAGCACAGGGAGGCAGCAGGGAAGGCGGCAGGGGGGCGAGCAGGGGGAACAGCAGGGGAUGCAGCAGCAGGGGAAACAGCAGGGGAGGCGGCAGGGGGCCUAGCGGGGCGAGCAGGUGUAAACUCCCCGCUGUCGUCUCUCGAUCCAGCUGUAGCAGCACACCUCUCCCUUCCCCUCACCAUGCUGCUCUAUCGCCUGGCCCUUCACCUCUCCGACUCCCACGUGCCUCGGGAUCGCCACAGGACGGCCCAGCUGUUUGGGUACUGCCUGCAGCUGCUGCACCAGAAAGACCACCCGGGCCUUCGAGCAACAGCACACGAGUACAUGGCGCGCUUCUUCCUGCAGAUCCCACACGACGAGCUUCCCUCUCUCCUCCAACCCUCGCACCUCCACUCCUCCCUCCUGCAACCUCGGCUUUCCCACCCCCCGCUCCUCCACUCGUCAGCUCCCCAUACCACUCUCCCCUACCCUCCCAUCCCCCCUUCCUCCCUCCUCCAUCCCUCUCUGCAACCGUCACUCCCCCAUCCCUCCUCGCUCCACCUCCCCCUCCUCCAACCAAUCACGUUUUUACCCUCCCAUCUGCCCCCUUCUAAUCUCUUACCCUUCUCCGCUCCUUCCUCCGAACCUCCCUCUGCCCUCACCCAAUCCUCUCGCCUCGCUAUCACGUCUCCCGAUGCUGCUGCUGCACCUGAAGAAGCAGCAGCAGAGGCGAAAGCAACAGCAGAGGCACAAGCAGCACCAAAGUCACAAACACCGCUGCCGGCCCGUUCCUCUCCGCCUGCCGUCGGUGAUGCAGAGAGUGCAGUGGCAAUCCGGCUGGCAUCCGUAUGGCAUGCCACACAAGCAAUCGGGUCUGGUGGGGUUUAUAGGGAUGGGAGGGCGUUUGGAGUGGUUGAGGAAGAGAGGAGGAGGAGCAAGGGGAAGGGGCGAAAGGGGGGGAAGGGGAGGGGAGGGCGUCGGAGGGGGAAGAUGGAGGAGCAGGUGGGGAUAGUGGGGGAGGGAGGGGAGGAAGAGGGGGAGGAGGAGGAAGGGAGGGAGGGGGAUGAGGACGCACGCUCUUCCUGCUCCCUUGGUAGCACCUGUAGCAGCGUUGGCGCUGCCUCUGCUGGGUCUGCUGCUGCAGGUGUAACCAAUGGCGGUGCGGUUACCAUCAGCAGUGCGGUUACCAGCACUACUGCGGUUACUGAUCAGCGCAUUUGCAAGCUGAUAGCCCUUCUAGGAGAAGCAUAUCUGGGCCUGGCAGAAGCUUAUAAGGGGGAUGGACAGUCCGCUCGCAAGAAUGAAAAGGGGGGCCGUGGGGCUAAAUCUGGGGUGCCUAAAGGGGUGGGGGCGAGAAGAGGAGAUGCAGCAGCAGCAGGAGGGGUGGUGGCAGGAGUGGGGGAGUCGGCAGGGUGGGAGGCGAGCAUGUGGCUGUGCAGGCAUGUGACUAGGAAGAGCUUUUGGGGUGAAUUGUGGGAGCUGGUAGGAGAUCUAUAUGUGGACCUAGAGACGAGGGUCGGAGUGGGUUCGGAGCCGGAGCAAGCUGCGAGGCUCGGUGACCUGAAGCAAGGGUCGAGGGUUGGCGAAGGGAGAAGGGAAGGAAGCAGUGUUGCACGGGCUGCAGCAGUGGCUGCAGAGGGAGAGGCGUCUGGGAGUGCUGAGUUGAGGAUAGAGGAAGAAGUGGUGAGGGAGGUUAGACGGGUGAGGAAGAAGAGGAGGCAGAGGGAGGGCGGAAGUCAAGGGGUAGCAGGUGGAGGGGCAGGUGCAGGGGCAACAGCAGGGGCAGCAGAUAAUGCAGCAGCACGGGCAGCACUGGUGGCGGCGGCAGAGGCUUUCUGGGAGGCUGGUGAUGCUCCCAAUGCUGCUCUCGUGCUCUGCAAUCUCGGGCACGGGGAGAGGGCAGAUGCUGAGCUCCUGGCUGCUCCUGUUCUCAUGCUCUCGGAGAAAGCUGGUGCUUCUGACGUCGGCUGUAAUGCUGCUGGGUCUGCUCCUGAUGCUGGUGCUGCUACUCCUGAUUCUGAUGCUGCUCUUGCAGGGUCUGCAGCAGGUGUUAACAAUGAUGGUAGUGGGUCGGACAAUGCUGGUGCUGGUGCAGAGUUGCUGGGCAAGUUUGAGAGAGCGAGGCAGAGGUAUAUGCGUGCCUUGGGGUGGUAUGGGGAUGCACGAAGAGAGCUGAUGAGGAGUGUGGGGGAAGCUAAGGCUGAUGGCGCGGCUGGUGCUGCUGAUAGUAGUCAGGGGGGAGGAGCAGGAGGAGCAGGAGGAGGGGCAGUUGGGCUUGGAGUGGGGGUUGGGAGUGAGGCAGCAGCAGCGCGGGCGUAUGGGGUGGUCUGGAGCGAGGUGAAUCUGCAAUUCGCCCACACUUACCUAAGAGUCGGCAUGCUUAUGGCAGCUGCUGAACGCCUGGGCCUUCCAACAAUUCCUGCUGGGAGCAGGAGAGAGAAUGAGGACAGUUCAAUCCGUGCAAGGAAAGGAGGGGGAGCUGGGGCAGGAGUAGCAGGGGGUGUGGCGGCAUGGCAGCAGCAGCAGAGGCGAAUGGCAGCAUUAGCAGAGGUGCAUUGGCACAAGGCAGUGUGCUUCUAUCGAGCGGAUGCGCAUCUGGACAUGUUUGUGACUUUAUGCAUGGAGAGGGCGAGCCUUGCCUUUUCUUUGGGCGGGCAGAAGCAGCAAUGGCAGUCUAUGACACCUAAUUGCAGCACAGGCUAUGCUAUCACCACUCUCAGGCCCCACUUACCAGAUGACCCUAUUCCCCCCUCUCUUCUCACCCUUUUUCCCUCUCCUUUCCCCCCUUCCUGCCUCUACCAGAGUCAUCUCACAGCUCUGAGGUACCUCAUGGCAGCACAGGCCGCGCUAUCACCACCCCCAGGCCCCAGUUCCUCCCCGGUUCCCGAUUCCAAAACCACUGAGGCCUCAAAGCAAGCUCACUCUAAGGCUUCCCCUCUUUACAGUCACACAGCAGAGAGGCUGUGCCAUCUCGUACAGUCACACCUGAAGGCGUUGCUCAGCCUUGCCCUGUCACUUUCAUGCCAUGGUGGUGGGAGGAAAGCGGGUGCUGGUACGAGUGCAACAGCCUUAGGGAUUGGAAGUUCUGGCGAGAAAUUUGUGGGAGUGGAAUCGAGUGAUAGUGGGAAGGGUGCUGGCAAGGGCAGUGUGGUUGAUGUGCUUCGAGAGGCUUACAGAUGCGCUCUGAAGCUGGAUAGGUGUGCUCUGGACUUGCAUUCAAUAGCUGUAUUGGUUGCGCAUCUACAGUGA